GCUCGAUUGUUUCAGGUAAAUUGCAUGAUGGAACUUCAAGCUUGGAGAUAGCGCAAGGCAUUUUGGGAGUUUAGAAGGGAACCAUAUUUAUCCGACAUCACAUAUGUUAAUAUAUUGUGGAGGGAAAUGUUGACGGAUGAUAUGUAGUGUUUUAGUGUUUUUCUACGUUUAUCGUGAAAUAUGGAUUAUUGAUUUCGUUAAAUAAGUGUUAGUUUGGUUGCAAAAUUACGCGUGUGUUUCUACGAUAGCAAGUACAAGAUCAGUUGCGCAGGUGUGGGUUUCAGUGAUUGCUGUGUUGAUGACAUUGAUAUCAAAACAACUUGGAGUUGCAUGAAGAGGGCCCUGGAAGUUCGCACAUCUGCUUUAGUGUGAUGUCAAAUUGGGGCCAUAUUAAGUCUGUGGUUUUGUUUAAAUCAUUCGCGACAUGCAGACGCUGCCCGGAAUCGUAGCCAGUGUCUAUUGUGUUGCACCAGUGAUGGUGCGGCUGGCCGUCGCAGCGCGAUCCUCGGACCAUGGCCGGCAAGCCUGAGCCGCACCAGCACCACGUACAGCAUCAGCCCGGCGUGCAGAACGUGGUGGUGUACCUGUCCAACGAGAACCUCGCGUACGCCGUCAACCAGCAGAAUGUGGACGCCGCCUACCACCACCACCACCAGCAGAACGGGGGCGGGGGCGGCGCCGGCCCGGCGCCCGCGGCGAAGGCCGCCAAGCCCCCCGGCAACGGGUACGUCGGCAGGCCGGGGGGCGUAGCCCUCCAGCACCAGGCCGGGUUCUACGCGACGGGCGCCGAGAUCCCGCAGGCCAACGGCUUCCACGGCUGCGCCGGCCCGAACAUGUUCGGGAACAUCGUGUACAGCGCCGGCGGGGACGCGCAGGCGGGGGCGCUGUUCGACCAGGGGUUCGGGACGCCCCUGAAGACGCUGGGCGACCCGGGGCAGAGCGCCGGCGGGGAGCUCUGCAACGGCUACUCCGCCCAGGCCCCGGGGCAGCCGCGCAUCGCCGCGUCGUGCCCGGAGCACAAGCCGGAGGCGGGGGAGGGGGCGGAGGGGAGCGGUGCGGGGGGGCUGCCUCGGUGCGACUCGGUGCGCUCGGAGACGGCGGAGUCGAGCUGCAGCAGCCUGAGCUCGGUGGACAGCCAGCCGGAGCUGGUGUCGGGCGUGGUGAUGGUGGGGGCGGCCGGCGGGGCUCUGCCCCAGCCACUGGGCAACAUCGUGCUGGCCAUGGCCUUGCCCCAGGCGGAGGCCCCUCAGCAGCAGCUGGUGUCUGUGCCGCCGGGCUGGAAGAGGAUUGUUUCCAACGGAUCAGUUGUGUACAUUAGCCCCAGCAACGCCCCGCUGCGCUCCCUGGAGCACGUGAAGGAGUACCUGCUCUCGGCGGGCACCUGCAAGUGCGGCCUGCAGUGUCCGCUGCGCUGCGAGGCCGUCUUCAACUUCGACCCCAAGGUGGUUGGGCGGCCUCCCUCCGCCUCCCAGGACUGCCCCCAGCUCGGCGCGAUCUGCAGCCACGAGAGGAAACUGCUGGCCAUGGCCUCGCUCGGCCCCCAGCCGCCGCCGCCGCAACCCCAGCCGCCGCCGCCGCCCCAGCAACCCCAGCAACCCCAGCAACCCCAGCAGCAGCUCUGCUUCAAAAAGGAGACCAAGGUGGGGCGCCCCAAGAAGAGGAAGCUGACCAAGGAGCAGGAGGAAGGCUCGCCGCCCGUCGCGCAGCUGUCCAAGGACCCCGCCCCGCCCGUCCAGGCUUGGGGCGGGGCCGCAGUGGUGCCGACGACGCUCCACCAGGGCUCGUGCGUGCCCGCGCGCCUGCCCUACUCGCCGCAGAUGUAUCCCGACGUCCAGUACGUGAGGUACCCUCAGCAGCAGCAGCAGCAACAGCAGCAGCAGCAGCAGCAGCAGCAGCAGCAGCAGCAGCAGCCUCAGGCGAACAGCCCGUGUGGAGGCGGGGGGCUGGUCGUCAACAGGUUGCCAGCGCCAGAGGAUCUGCAGAAGCAACAGCAGCAGGAGAUGAUGAGGAUACAGCAGCAGCAGUUCUACAUGGCCCAGCAGCUCUACCAGCAGGACCAGGCUAAGAUGCAGCAGCAACAGCAGCAGUUGCUUCAACAGCAGCAACAGCAGCAGCAGCAGCAGCAGCAGCAGCAGCAGCAGCAUCAGCAGCAGCCGCCGCCACCGCUCCUCAGGCCACAGUUCGUGUCGUGCGGCACGACCUACGAGGGAUACAGCAGCCACAGGAACCACCAGCAGCAGGUCAUGCAGACGUCGCACAAUGUGGUGAUGGCUACCGGUGGACACCACAUGGUGACAUCCACGUCCUCCGCGGCUGGCACUAUAAGACAGCAAAGGGCGCCCCCCUGGCAGCAGAACCGUACUUCCAAUUUGGUACUUCCAGUUCAGCAGCCCCAGCAGCAGCAGCAGCAACAGCAGCAGCAGCAGCAGCAGCAGCAGCAGCAGCAGCAGCUGGCCAGUGUGUACGAGCGCGUGCCACCGCUGCACCACCACACCCCACCGCCUGUGCAGGCCUGGAGCGAUGACGUCUCCCGCAAGAAGGGCAAAAGCUGCGGCAAGACCGCCGGCGCCGGUGCCAAGAAGCAGAGGGGUUACUCCGCCGUCGACUCCCACUCCACCUGCCCCAACGUCGACAUCCGGCAGCUACCGCAAGGGAACCCCUACCCGCUGGCGAGCGUCCCGUCGUUCAUGGAUGACCCCAGUGGGUACCUCGCCCAGCAGACGGCGCUCCUGAACAGCACCAUCUCCCGCCAGACGGGCGUCGGGUCUCAAGGUUACCAUUGCCACAGCCCGACCCUCCGCAACCCGGAGCCCCUGCCGCCCCCUCCCCCGCCGGCCCCGCCGACACAGGCCUCUCCAGUCACGUGCUCGCCGGUGGGCGUGCCCUUGCCCAGCAACGUCCUCCUGCCUUCGCAGAGGUGCGGGGUGGCGCAGACCACGUACAGCGCCCGUCCGACCAACACCGCAGUCAGCCAGCAGCAGACCAACAUGGUGACCAAUCCUCAGCAGCAGAUGUCAACGUACAAGACCAUGUUCCACGUGACAGCUGCGGACAGCAGCAUCCCAGUGCAGGGCGUCCACUGCCAGGGGUGUGUUAACACUGCGGCCAUCGCCGACACGGCGAUGUACCACCAGCAACUGCAACACCACCAGCAGCAACAACAGCAACAACAACAACAGCAGCAGCAGCAACAGCAGCCCGAGCAACAUCACCACCAUCACCACCACCACCAUCACCACGCAGGCCACGACCAGCAACAACAGCACCAGCAGCAGGUACCAUACAACGUGCAGCAGGUGACAACUGAACAGAGCGCAAGUUCCAAUUCUGUCAGGCACCACCAGCAUUCCGAUUACUCCAAGCACUUGCAGGCGACAGCCCAGCCCUGUUGUUACAGGGAGAAUGGUGGUGCAGUCAGUUUUCUGGUUCAAGGGGAACAGAACCAUUCUUCGCUGAUCCCCAACGCCAUCAAGCUAGAGGAGCAUAACUCUGUGACAUCAUCUACAUUCGCAGAUAAGAUGGGUGGCCAUUGCAGUUCUGAUUCUCGUGGUCCAAUCCAGGGAGAGACGAUCAGUACCAGUAAUGGUUCUCCUGUGGAGGGCUAUGCUGGUAAUGGAAACAUGCCUCAGCAGCACGAAGCUUCGUCCUCAACCACACCAAUCCCGCCUGGCUCUCAGCCCUGUCGUGUGCCCGAAAUGAGCUCUGGAGGGAACGGGCUGGUUUCUUCCUCGUCGUCGCCGUUCGCAGUGCCUCACAUCAGUCCGCCAGGCCUCUACUCCUACCCCGUGCAAGGCAGCUUCUCCUCUCACCAGCAGCAGGCGACCAGAAGCGACGCAAGCACGUCCUGUUCUUCCCCUCACUCCAGGCAAAACAACUGCGCUCACGCUCACGACUCGAGGAUCGGCCAUAAGUUUACUACCAUUGUGACGACCAUGGCGAGCGGUCACACAGUCAGCAGCAACACCAUCACUUCUGUUCUUGCCGGGAAGGCCAAUACAGCUACCGUGUCCGUUAGCAACCCAGCGUCUAGUUCUCCGUCGAUGGUCACCCCACAACAUCCUGCUGUGGUACAAGCCCCUGUUACCAAGUCACCCUUGGAGAUGGUGCAGAGUGUGGUUAGCAGCAUACAAGUGCCACACAGUGUCAUGGCACCCCAGAUGAAGCCACAACCCAUCACCACCACCCUCCCCUCCGGAAGCCAUAUUUUUGUAUCGAGUGGCGGCCAGCUGAUCAUGACCAGUGCAGGCCCAGCACUCAUGGCACCUCCUCAGAACCACAUAACGAAGCUGUCGGGUGGUUCGAUGCCUCCCAUGUCGGUGUCGCCUAUGGUGACAAGCGUCACUGCCGCAGUCACGCAAGUCAUACCUGCGGUGGGGGUCACUCAGCAAGUGUUGGGUCAGCCCACGGUGCUCGUGAAUGCUCUUCCGGCUCCCUUGCUGAUACAGCCCGGGGUCAUGACAAUGGACGGUAUGGCCGGUUUGAACCAGAUACCCCAUCUGACCGUUGCACCGGGCCAGCUGAUGGAAACCAUGGGGCAGGAUCCAUCUGGGCGAAACAUGCACGCCACAAACAACGGCGGGUACAUCCAGCAGCGACCGAUGGUGUCCCCAGAAAUAGCACAGGGCAAGAAGAAAGGCGGCAAGAAGAGGAAGGUGUCCCAGCAAACGGUGGCGUCCAUGCUGCACAUAGCCUCCCAGCAGCAGCAGGCUCAGCAGCAAGCAGCCAGCGUCAUGCAGCACCAGCAGCAAGGCUUCCCCCAGCAGGGGUUCACCAUGUCCAGUCCGCACCAGCAGGCCAUAGCCACCACAGGCCCCACCAUGCUGCAGGCCCUCACCAUCGUUCCUGGCAAGGCGGGGGGCCCUGCGCAGAUCCUCAUGAACGGCCAGCCGGGGACGGCAACGGGCCACUUCGGGGCGCAGCAGCUCAUAGCCACGCCCACCUCUCAGACCCCGCAGCAGAUCAACCUGUUGCAGCCCGUCAACUUGCUGAACGGCGCGGCGGGCGUCGUGCAGAACUUCCCUGCCUUCCAGCAGUUCAUCGUUCCGGGGCUGGGUGGCAUGGUGAUGUCCGCCGACGGUACGGCGGCCAUCCUCCCGGACACCGGCAACCUCGGCAUGCAGCUGCAGCUGCAGAACGUGAACGGGCAGAACGUGUUGACGCCGGUGCAGAGCCACGGGGGCACGAUGUUCGGUCACCCCGGGGGGCAGAGCAUCCUGGCGGCGGGCCCCGCAGGGAUGGUGAUACGGGCACCUGCCUCCGCGGGGAAGCUGGCGCCGGGCCAGGUGAUCCAGCAGCCCGGAACAGCGGCACCGCAGCUGUUCACCGGGUCGCCGACCGGAGGCCACCAGUUCCUGGUGAACGGGGCGGCUGCGUUCGGGGGCCAGCUGAGCCCGCUGGUGGCGAGCGUCAGCCCCGGCCAGCAGGUGUCGUUCGGCACGCAGGUGCGGCCGGCGUCCUCCUCCCAGGACUUCAUCCAGUGUGGGCAGGUGGGGCAGACGCUGAUGGUGCCGUGCCAGGUGCCGGCGACGACCGCGCAGAACACCACAGUGGUGCAGCAGAACACCACCAUAGUGCAGCAGCAGACGACGAUGGUGUCCAGCAACCAGCCGGUGCAGGGCUUCGUGUUGGGCCCCGCCGGGGAGAAGCAGGCGCCGGCGCGGCAGCCGUGCCAGCCGCUCAUGAAGCACUCCGUGUCGACGCAGACGGCCACGGGGCAGAACCCGCGGGCGCCGGCCUCCCCGCCGGGCGGAGGAGGAGCCCUCGUGGUCGCCACCAACACCACCUUCUGCCAGACGUCGUCGUCCUCGUCGGGCAGUCCCCCAGACACCACGACCCACUCGCCGGCGGAGGGGCGGGCCCAGAGUCCCGCCGCCGACACCACCACGCUGGACCACCCGUCGCCCCGCAACGCGACGGACUCCUCCAUGCCCAUGGUGCACUGCGUGUCCAGCAGCAACGAGCCGGAGGGCCCCGGGGACCCGGAGGUGAAGGGGGAGUGGGGCACGAGACGGGUGUUCUCCGAGGGCUACGGCCUGCCGCCCGGCUCCAAGGUGGGGUCCGCGUACGUGGAGUCGACCACGCUCCUGCCGGGCAUCUCCACCUCCCCCUACGAGGACCGCAAGCUGGCGGCCGUGAAGAGGAAGCACGGGGACCUGCACUCCUUGGAGGAGGCCGAGGAGGAAGAAGCGGUGAACUGAGCGUGCUGUCAGGAGAGCUCGAUGCAUGGCAGCGGAGGCGGGGGACGGCACAAGCACGGCUUCGUGUCGGCAGGAGUCCUUGCCGCGCCUCUGUCCGGAGCACGGCUCGAACUGCGAGGAACAGGGAUUAUAUAUUUCAAUUGGCAUUAAAACUACCUGCAUUUGUACUGAAACUUUGUUACUAUUCAGCAGAAACGGUAAUGUUUACACGAGCAGUUAGCCAUCUUCUUGUUAGCUUGACACUUUUCUUGAGCUAGGCUAUAUUUUUAAUUUUUCCUUUGAAAUAAUCAAAUAGAUAUUCUUGCUAUCAGCGUUGAAGAAGUUAUUUGAAGUAUGUUACAGUCGCCAAUGUCUUUUUAUAAUUGUACCGGGUUUAUCGGAAUAGGGAUCAAAUUUUUAUUUAUAUUUUUUCACUUACCGAGUACGUGCUAACAAUAUAGUGCUGAAUGAUACUUAUCCAUGUUUUAAGUAAUUUCUUGCAAGACAAAGCACAACUGUUGAAUUUAUUAAAUAUCUUAGUUAUUUAGUUUUUUUCUUUUAUGAUUUUAAGAUAUUCAUUAAUCAUUCAAUUUAUUAUUAGUAUAUGCUUGUUUUAUUUACCCAUAGUAAUUGUAUUAAAUUUUUUCUUAAUGCUACUAUAUGUUUGAAACUAUGGAUUGUAUAAACUUUUAUAGUUAUUUAUGUGUACAUGUACAGUGAGUUUUCUAGUUUUAAAAAUUAAAUAUAUUUACACCUUCUCAUUCAUAGAAUGGAUGAGUUAAUAAUAAUAUUUGGCACAUAACUGUUAUUUUUUGUUAACUGUUGUUGUGAUCAACUUUCUUAAAAGCUUAGCUUCUCUGUGAAAAUGUUAACUUAUCAAAUGUGUGGCAAUUAUAGAACUUCAUUUGGUCUGCAAGUAUGUUUUUGACGAUAGCGAGAAAUUAUUUUAUGCGACAGAUUCAAAAGGGCCAUUGGCUUGACAUGUUGACCUAAAACUUUAGCAUUUUUAUUUUGGAUAAACAGGAGAAUGUUACCAGCAAGUGAAUUUUGCAUUGAUACGGAAUGCCUUCAAUGGUGGCGUGAACUCGCUAACUUUUUGUCUUUACUUUGAUCCCUUACAGACUUCUUAAUUUUGUUCCAAUCACAUAAAAUUAUGUCCAUGGAGGGUAAAUAGAUGCAAUCUUUGCAAUUCUAUUGUUAAUGAGUGUGAAUAAUUAUCAGUGUUAUGUGCCUAAGACAUUUUAAAACUACAGGCCUCUUCUGCUUUUCAUGAUCUGAUGAUAUAAUUUUUACUCUGCUUUUUAUUAUAUCAUCAUCAUCAUCAUCAUCAUCAUCAUCAUCAUCAUCAUCAUAAUCAUAAUCAUAAUUAUUAUUAAAAGUGGGUAACUUCAGUUUAAAAUUACCAAAAUUCUUACAGUUGAUUUUUUUUCUUUUAAAAUGUAAGAAAAAAUUAAAAAUAUGUGUACAUAAUUUCUUAAAAUCUCACAUUUUUCAUGAUACACUAACAUUUAUAUACACCUGCGCCUUGAAGUAACGCUAUUCGAUUUACGUAGUUUCACAGUAACGAUGCCAAUAAAUUAGGGCAGGAUUAGAUUUGAAGUAGUGCGGUCAUAGAUUUGAAGUAGCACUUUCAUUCAUUUACGUGAACAACAAACAUUAUUUUACUCUUUCCUUAAUAGGUAUUUGCUUCCUUCAUUGGCUAAUUGCAUAUUUACUUCAACCCAUUUCAUAUAGUUCAAUUGUUUAUUUUACGCAGAAAUCUCUCAGCCAAUGUUUAUACUACACCACCCUGCAUGUCAGCAGCAACUCUGGUGAGAAAAGCCGGAAGCUCUGAGGGCUUGUUUACCUUGAGCUUACCAGGAUGCGCUAAUGGUAAAUCAUGGCAGACACGCAUUUAGUAAACAUCAGAGUCAGGAAAUACGUUAAUAGGUUAAAUAAUCUUUUAAAUAAUAUAAAACUUAAAGUUUAUCCUCUUUUUUUAAAAAUCUUAUUACAGCUGAAAAAUAUUUUCUAUAUUAAUAAUAUAUUAUAGUAAAUCAGAAAUGAUGUUAGCGCCUGUUGAGGUAUUUUAUGCUCAAGCCCUGUUAUGUAAACAAUGUGGUCUGUGAUUUUUUUUACACUCUUAUUUAAUUUAAGGUUGUUUGAUCGCAAAAUGUUAAACAAACUUUUAUUUGAAUGUACUACAAAUGUAUUUAGACUUACGUUAGUACUGUUUAGUCUUUCUUAAUUAAAACAGUAGUUAAAAAACGGUUAUUGAUUAGCAUACACACUUAUGGGGGGGAAAAAACAUUUGAGAAACGCUGUUUUGAUUCCUGGAAGUAAUUAGGAUGUUAUUUCGAGGGUGGGUAUAUAUUUAUCAAAUAUUCAUAUUAGAGUUCAUUCAAAAUUUUAAAGUGAUUUUGUGAUGAAUUACCAUAUUUAGGCAUGUAUAUGUCACACAUUAUUACUAAACCAUGCUUAGUUAAUAAAGAACAUACCCAAUUUUGAAAAUAAUUUUGGGUUAGAAAGAAAAAAAAAGAAGAAGAAAAAAACAGAAAAUUUGCCUGCAUUUUAUCUUUAUCACAGAAUCUGUUCUGUGCAGGCAAGAGACUAUAUGGAGAAAAUAAAAGGUUUUGUAAAUUUUAAUGGUAAUAUACACAAUGUUCUAUAACUCAGCGACAAGCUGAGACAGUUGAUAGGCCAAUUAAUCUGUAUUAAAAAAAAAUUAAAUAUGUGUUGUAGUUUUCGAGUCAUGGGUCUUUUUUCAAAAGUUUUCAAUCUCCACCCUGCACCAAAUUAUAAAAUAUGUUGACUAAUGAUUUUUACUAUGCAAUCAUAAAUACUUUACAAUUCAAAACAUGCACAACUUAUGUGGUAACAAUUUUUAAUUGGGUAACUUACUACGUAUUCACACUGUAAAAAAAAUUACUUUGCUAACUUGUGAAGUUAUUUGCUUUAAUUAGCCAUGUUUUUGAAUAAUUUACUUAGUUAGCACAGUAUUUUUUUUUAUAUAUUAUGUAGUCAAAUUUACCCAAUAAAAAAUAUUUUGGCCCAUAAGUUUUCCAACUAAAUCUUUUCCUUUAAAGUAUUAAAUGUUUGAUUUUAAUUUGAGAUUUUAUAUAUAGAAGGGUUUUUAGGAUUUCUUAGCAAAAACAUUUUAGUCACAGUACCUAUCUAAUAAUUUUGUGCAGGGUAGGGAAUUAAAAUUUUUUUGGAAAAAUGUGUAUAACAUGAACUGAUUCAGAACCAUAAUUUACUGGCUUAUCUGUUCUCGACUUGUGUUGAGUUAUGGGACAUUCUGUACGUUCUGUUUGGUUGUUUACCCCACUGCUUUGAACAGCUAAAGAAAUGUACAUCUGUCAGGCACAUUUCUCUGUAUCUGCAUGUUCUUUUCUUUUUAAAAGUCAAUCUUUCUAUAAAAAAAAAAUAAAAAUAAA